AUGACACACGGGCCACCAGCAAGCCGCAAACGGCAACAGCAACAGAUCGACAGUGAUAUUGAGCAGAGCGCCACCGAGGUAGACAAUGGGUUGCCAACACCGCCGGACGGUGGUUGGGGCUGGAUGGUGGUGUUGGCCUCGUUCAGCAUUCAUAUCAUCACCGACGGUUUGACAUAUUCGUUCGGCAUCUUCUACUCCGAGUUCCUGACGUACUUCAACGAGGGCAAAGGCUAUACGGCGUGGAUUGCAUCAAUUCUUGUAGGCGUUACACUAUGUUCAGGGCCCAUUUCGUCGUCGCUGGUCAACCGGUAUGGGUGUAGGGCGGUUACGAUUGCCGGGGCACUGCUGGCUAGUGCCUCGCUGGCGGUGAGCAUGUACGCGACCAGCGUAUUCAUGCUGUUCAUCACGAUCGGUGUCGGUACGGGGCUCGGACUCGGUCUGAUCUACUUGCCCGCGAUCGUGAGCGUGACGAUGUACUUCGAAAGACUGAGAUCCCUAGCAACCGGUAUUGCGGUGUGCGGUUCCGGGCUAGGGACAUCCAUCUUCGCCCCACUCACGGAGGUGCUGAUACAGAAAUUCCAAUGGCAGGGUGCACUGUUGGCGAUUGCUGGCAUUGUGCUGAUCUGUGUGCUCUUUGGUUUGAUGUUCCGGCCGCUGGUACACGAACCGAACGCCGGUAAGGAACUGCAGGAGCUGACGCAACAUUCCAGCGCUGAUCAGAGUAACAGCACGAAACCAACCACGGCCAACGCUAACGAGGGUAAUCUGAAACGCUCCAACAGCCACGGUAAUGUGGAAGCACCUAAAAUAGAUCUCAAUGCGGUAUGUUUCUGCUUUCCCGCCCAAUAAUGCUAGGCUUGUGUCCUUUCUGCUUCUAACCAAUUCUUGCACACUCCACAGAACGGACACUCAGUUAGUGGACAUAACUUAGACAAGCACGUACGCUCCACCCCGACGGAUGAAGCGAAACGGCUAGGGCUUAGUCAACCACUGCUAACAGCUCCUGAGCAACAGGUUGUGCUGAAGCGUACCGAAAGUGGUACCAUGUAUCGGAAGGACGCACUCUACACCGGUUCCGUGCACAACAUCGCAUCUCGCCACACGUCCCAGGCGAACCUGUCCGUCUACGAGAAAGGUAGCUACGGAUCGGUACAGGGCAACGGAGUCCAUCGGCCGGUAGGCGAACCGGAUGCACCGGAACGGUGCUGCGGGUGUAUACCGUGCUCGCGCGAAACCUGUGACACCUUCCGCGAGAUGAUGAACUUCUCCAUCAUGAAGGAUCCCAUCUUCAUCAUCUUCACGGUAUCGAACUUUCUGACCAGCGUCGGGUUUAACGUGCCGUACGUGUAUCUGGCCGCGCAGGCACAGGUACUCGGCAUUGGAUCACAGGAUGCGAGCUAUCUGCUCGGUAUCAUCGGCAUUGCCAACACGGUCGGACGUAUCGUGCUCGGGUAUCUGUCCGACAAGGCGUGGGUUAACCGGCUGUUCGUGUACAACUGCUCGCUAGCGGUGUGCGGUAUCGCAACCGCCCUGUCCGUGUUUUGUCUCGACUUCUACUGGCUCGCCGUGUACUCGGCCGUGUACGGUUUCACGAUCGGUGCGUACGUCGGACUGACGUCCGUCAUCCUUGUCGAUCUGCUCGGACUCGAGAAACUAACAAAUGCGUUCGGGUUGCUGCUGCUCUUCCAGGGCAUUGCCUCGUUUGUGGGACCACCUAUCGCAGGCUGGCUGUAUGAUUACACACUCUCCUACGGGCCCGGAUUUAUUAUGGCCGGCACGACGAUCGCCAUCAGUGGUGCGAUGCUGUUCGCCAUCCCGUCCCUGCAGCGAUACCUAGCCCGCCGUCAAAACGCCACCACCACCGUGGGCAUUCCGUUAGAGUAA